GUCCGUUGACAACCCAGCUGAGGACCGCAUUUGGGUUCAUUAGGGCAAUGGUUAGGAGGCUUUAAAAUGUCCACUGCUGAGCCUAUUGGCUCGGAUGACGAAGUCAUCAGCGGAGAUGAGGUAGAAAUCGUCACCGCUAAGCGACAGAAGACCGGCCCAGGCAGAGGUGUAAAGGAAUGCGGGGUCCUGUGGAGCUACUUUGUGAAGGUCCGCAAGCGCGACGACAAGUCGAACCGCUGGGAAGUCGCAUGCAAGGAAUGCGGCACGGAGAUUGCCAGCGGAAAGACGGCGGACAUGACGGGGCACGUCCUGUACAAGUGCAAGGGAGAUGUUAAGGCGGCGGACAAGGAGUUCCUUUCGCAGAAGGCUGCGCGCGCGGCUGCGGCGCCCGAGGCCUCCUUCUCGGAAGGCUCGGCGACCUCAACACGCAGGGAUGUGAAGCGCCAGAGCAAGCUGACUGCCUUUAUUGACACCACAAAGCUAACGGAUGAGCAGGAGCGCGGCUUGCGGAUGAAGCAGUUGCGCGCCUUCGUCAGUGGCGGCAUCCCCUUCGCCUGGGCCGAUUCACCAUUCUUCAAGGACUGGCAGCUUAGUGUGCGCCCAAACCUGUUCCCAGCAAGCGCGGACAUGCUGCGACAGAGCCUCCUGCCGGCAGAAUAUGCCCGCGUGCUACGGGAGAUCAUUGAGGCUGUCGGCAUGGAGGGACAGGUGGUGGUCUGUGUAGAUGGGUGGUCGAACCGCAAGCACCAAUCCAUCAUGAGCUGCGUCAUCAUCUUCCCCUCCACUCGGGACACGUUCCUGCUCUGCUCAGAGGAGGCAUCAACGGAGAGCCACACAGCCCAGUUUCACGUCGGGCUCUUCAAGCGGUUCAUUGAGAAGGUUGGCGGUCCGGAGCGGGUGGUAGCUCUCGUCACGGACAACGCUGCAGCCGUUAGGAGCGGCAGGGAGGAGUUGGUGAAGGAGGAUAAGUACAGGCACAUCCUGACCGUCAGGUGCUUCAUGCACGCGUUCAACCUCGUCAUGGCUUCGGUCUCUUCGCACCCGGUAGCCAAGGCUAUCAUCACCAAGGCCCAGCGUGUCGUGACGUAUUUCCGCGCAUCGCACAUGGCAGGUGGUCUGCUCAGGGGUGUCGUGGACCUGAAGAUCAAGGCCGGGGAGAUGGAGCGUGCGAGGGCCUUGGCAACGUCCAACAAGACCCGCUUCACAUCCGUCCUGAUGUGCCUGGAGUCUGUGCUCUAUAACGAGCUUGCCCUGCGUGCUGUCGUGGCGAUUCACCACGCCACCCUUUUCGCCAAGGACAACACGGACGUAGCGGGCAUUAUCACGGACGAUGAGUUCUGGUCGGGGCUGCGGGAGCUCGUCAGCGUCCAGGAGCCAUUCGGGAAGGUCAUCAUGGCUGUGCAGAAGGACUCGGCGACGCUUGGGUGUGUGACGCGGUACUGGGCGUACCUGCGCAGGAGCUUGGCGGCUGUGCUGCCGGGGAUUACUGACGAUGGAUAUCGGAGGCACAUCAUCAGGGCGUUUAACACACGCUUGAACGAGAUUGGAGUGAAGGGAGGCAAGCUCAACCGGCUGACGCUUUUCCUGGACCCACGGUACUGCGGCAUGCUGGACUCCUCUACGGACGAGAUGCUGGACGAGCUGAAACUGACGGCAGCGGAGAUCUUUUCUGACAAGUGCAUGAGUGAAGCUGUUAUCAGGCAGCUGCUGGAAGAGCUGUUGUCCUACAACUGCAUGGACGGCGUGUUUAAGAAGCUGGGGGCCAUCGGCAGUUCGUACGCUGACCUUCGCAGCUUCUGGGGUCGACUACGGACUUUGAAAGGUGCUUCCACCUUGGCGACUCUGGCAAUGACCCUCAUCAAUGUCGUGCCGCAUGCUGGUGGUGUUGAGCGUGCCUUCAGCAUCAUGGGUGGCUUUGAGACUCAGACCCGCAACCGGAUGUCUUCAGACACCAACAACAUGCUUACAACGGUCAAGAUGUGGAACGCAGCGCAAGUCCCCCAUGACAAGAAGGAGGCAACAAGUGCUCCUGUGCUGCGCGGCAGUCCAAGUACACCACAGGGCGCACAAGUGCCAGUGCAGCCCCUGGCGCAGCCACCCAGGCUGCCACCCAAGCCACCACGGCCGCCAGCGCCUCCAGCACGCGCGCCCCAGCAGAACCCACGACUACAACAGCAGCUACAGCCCCCUCCACCAGUGCAGCAGCCGCAAACACAGCAGCUGCAGCUCCCGCCUACGCAGCAGCUACAGCUCCUGCCAUCGCAGCUCCCGCCGUUGCAGCAGCCACAGCUCCCGCCUACGCAGCAGCUACAGCUCCUGCCAUCGCAGCUCCCGCCGUUGCAGCAGCCACAGCUCCCGCCUACGCAGCAGCUACAGCUCCUGCCACCGCAGCUCCCGCCGUUGCAGCAGCCACAGCUCCCGCCUACGCAGCAGCUGCAGCACGUAUCGCAAGGACACUUCGCAGCAACUGCACAAGGGGUUACCCUUGCGCCUGCUCAGGUUGCGGCCUUGGGCCCUGUCCUGGAAGCGUUGCGUUGCAUGACAUCACAGCAGCAGCAGCAGUUCCUACGGGCGCGCCCUGACGUGAUGACUUUGCUGCGGCUCCUUCAGCAGCCCCCGGGGCUGCAGCAAGCAAACGCGGCUGGCUUGCAGCCGGCAGCACAGCCGCAGCAGCCGCCGCAACAACAGCAGCCCCAGCAGCAGCAACAGCCACUGCGUCAAGAACCUCAGCUGCCUGUACCCCAGAGGCCUGGGCCCUCAAGCGCAGCCUCGGCAUCACAGCUGCUGCCAGCUCAAGGCCGGGCUGCCAGUCAUUCCAGGGGGAGUGUACAUGGCGCUUAUGGAGCGUAUGGCCCUGCGGAUGGUGGGAGUGAGGUAUCGGCAGGGGCUGCUGCACAAGGAGCUGCAAGGACCAAUGAGGAGGCUGUUGAAGGGGACGUUACCACGGUGCAGGAGCUGGAGGAGGAGCUCGGCGUCCUUGCAGAGCUAGUGCAGCGGGACUUGGCGGAAGAUGUUGCUAUCCUUUGUGAUGCUGGGGAGUGGGAGGAGGCGGAUAAGCUGGCUGAGGUGUACGGGCUGAUUGAUAACCCGAACAUUUGCCCCUUAGAGCCCUUUCCCAGGGCUUCGCUGCCUCCCCUUGGGCUCGGCAACGCGCCCAGGAACCGUGAAAACUUGGCUAGAAUCGUAGCAAGCGUGCGUUGAUAGGUGCUGCAUGCGCAGGUUUGUGGCUGUGUGUGUAUUAAAUUUAGGGGCUGGCACGCUGGCUGCUGGGGGCUGUAUGAAUGCGGAACAAAACAAAUGAAUAUUUUUGAACGGGAAUGCAUUAAACGAUCCUAUUACAGUAUUACUGUCAAGUUGUCGGUCAUGAUGGUCAGAUGGACGCCUAGAAAACGGACUGGACCAUAAACUGUUGAUACAGUAAAUAGCAGGAAAAGGAAAGCGUACUAAAUGGUGGAUUGUAACAGGGAAAGGGC